AUGUUGAAGACAUCCCCCAUUCUCUCCCCCUCCAGCGCCUCCCCCUCCAGCUUCCACAAUGCCUCGCGAUCCUCGCAGGACUCCGUCACCUCUCAGCCGUCCCAGCUGCCGUCCGUGAGCCCGAAGCCGGCGUAUGUGCGUCGCCUCUCCUCGCAGUCGACGACGACAGUCUCCGCCACGGCCUCCUCGUCGGCCCUCUCUCCUGGUCGGUCUCGCCGCACCGGGGCGUCUCAUAGCGAUACCCGCACUCCCUCCCGCGCCUCCAUUUCCACGUCUCCGUCCCCCGCUGCGCUGCCUACGACGACGACUACCAAGAUGACCGUUACCACGACGACCAACAUGGGCGUCAGCGGCGAGACGCUGCAACCCAGCCGGCACUCGCCCGCCCAGGCCCAGCUGUACAACGCCCUCUCGCCCAACAAGCGUCGACUCGCCGCUGCCUCGGCCACUCCAGACGCUUCUUCAGCGCCCCCGGCAGCGCCUCCGGCCUCGGCCGCCCCCCAACAAGCCGUGGCCCAGCAGGCCGCGGUUCAGCAGGCGGCUAAACGAGCCAAGCCUGAGGAACGACCUCCCAUUAUCCUGCCUCAGAAAUACGAGCACUGUCCGGUCGAGCACAUGGUCGAGCUCAUCUCGCACAUGCUGGGAGAGCUGAUUGCCACUAACGACGCAAUUCGCAUAUCGAGCGGUGGCCUGACGCGGUUUCACUCUAGAACCCCUCCCGGUAUCUCGGUUAGGGACUAUCUUCAUCGUCUGGCUCGACAUGCUACCCUCAUACCACCCCUUCUCCUAGCCAUGGUCUACUACAUCGACAGGCUCUGCGCCUUGUAUCCAGAGUUCACCAUCAACACCCUCACCGUCCAUCGAUUCCUCAUCACCGCGGCCACCGUUGCCGCAAAGGGCCUAUCCGACUCCUUUUGGAACAACACCACCUACGCACGAGUCGGUGGUGUGCGUGUGGCUGAGCUACGGCUCCUCGAGCUCGAGUUUCUCUACCGGGUCGACUGGAGAAUCGUGCCGAACCCAGAAAUUUUGGUAGCCUACUACCAGGGUCUCGUGCAGAGAUGUCCUGGAUAUGAGCUUGAGUCGGAUGGAUCGAGCGAGAACGAUGAAGACGACGAGAUUGAUGACGAGGACGACGUCGACGACGAAGAGUAA